CAAUGAAAUUUCCCAUUUGUUGGUCAAUAAUGUAAACCGGCUAAGUGUGAGUCGCUCUCUUGAAUCUCAAGGUUUUGUUAUUUAUUUAUGAGCAGUGGUAAAAUAAUCAAUGUACAUUAUAAUUUACACUGAAUUAUGAUAAACUCGUUUGUUUAACAAUAAGUGAUAAUUUGAUUUAGCUGUUUAUAAGGUUCAGUGACAAUGAAAAGUUACAUGUUAAACACCUAUACAGAAGAUAUCUAAAUAUUGUGGAAGCGUAACCUCACCUUGAGCAAGAUGAACCCAGAUAAUAACAAUAUCAAGAAUAAAUCUACCGAGAAAAUGGAUCCAAGCCAGAAAUACCUUGACUUCCUCAAUAGCAAUGAUCCAACAAUGCCCAGCUUGAACAUAGAUACUCAAAACAUCAAUUGCGAAGAUCCUGAAAAUGGUUCAGUCGAAUCUAUUGCAGGAUGGUACGAUGGUUCUGUGAUACUUGUCACUGGUGGUACAGGUUUCGUUGGCAAGACACUACUGGAAAAACUGCUUAGAAGUUGUCCAGGUAUUGAUACCAUAUAUAUUCUCAUGAGACCGAAAAGGGGAUUGACCGUGGAGCAAAGGUAUAAGGAACUGUUGAAAAACCAGGUAUUUGACCGAAUCCGCGCACGCUGGCCUGAUCGUCUGAGCAAACUGACACCCAUCACAGGAGAUGUUUCUGCUCCGAAUCUUGGAGUCAGCGCUGAACAGCGGGAGCUACUGAAAACUGUGACAACACUAUUCCAUUCAGCAGCGACUGUACGGUUUACUGAUCCAUUGCAUGCUGCUACAACACUUAAUGUUCAAGGAACGGCAUUAGUUCUAAAGUUAGCUGAAGAAAUGCCGAAGUUGAAGGCUUUUGUUCAUGUAUCAACAGCAUAUAGUAACGCUCCACGGUCUCAUAUUGAAGAACGAGUGUACCCACCUCCAUACGAUCCUGACAGUAUUGUCCGUUGCGCCAAGAUGUUGCCCCCUGAAACGAUUGACGUGAUCAGUGCAACUUUACAGGGAGAACAUCCUAAUCCUUACACUCUAACGAAGUCUCUUGCUGAAUCCAUAGUUUACAACCAUACAGAUCUGCCUGUUUGCAUCGUCCGUCCAUCUAUCGUAACUGCUGCAUACCAGGAACCAUUCCCCGGAUGGAUUGACAAUAUCUACGGUGUUACCGGUAUUAUAAUGGAGAUAUCCCGUGGAACCUAUCGCUCUGGAUAUUGCAAAGAGCAGUACAUCGUAGAUUUGGUACCAGUUGAUCUUGUGGUCAAUUCCUGUAUUCUAGCGGCUUGGAGGCAAGGAGCAAAACAACCGGGAAGAUGUCCAGUCUACAAUGUAACAUCUGGUUCGAUCAAUCCUCUACAGUGGGGUCAAUUCACCCGUCUCUGCAUUAAAUGGGCCAGAGAGAACCCAACUAAAUACGUGAUGUGGUACCCUAACUUCUCUUUUACCGAAUCCCGCUUCAUGAAUACCUUUUGGGAGGUGUCAUGCCACUUUUUGCCUGCAUUCCUUUACGAUAUUGUAUUGAGAGCACAGGGAAGAAAAGCAAUAAUGAUGAAACUCGCCCGACGUUUCAAAAUGGCCGCCGCCACAGGAGAAUACUUCGCAAAUCACGAAUGGCAAUUCGGAAUUUCUGAACUGUUGUCGUUGAACAACGAGGCGAAAAGUGCUGUGGACCACGCCAACUUCCUCUACUGGCCUGCUCAGUUCAACUGGGAGACCUACAUAGGAGCGUAUAUGCUGGGAAUCAGGAGAUUUAUACUGAAGGACACACCGGAAUCGUUACCAAAUGCUAGGACUAAAUUGAAAAGAUUAUACUGGGUGCAUCGGUUACUUCAAGUUGCCACUGGUUACUACGUAUUCAAACUGCUGGCCGGUCGCUUACGGUAAAAGCCUGUACAGUAAUUACAAGGAAUAAAUACCUUUAAUAGUUGUAAGCGAUCUAUUAAUAGUCAGAUAUUAGAAAUUAGAAUCUGGGCCCAGUCUAUGUGCAUCACAUAAAAAAAGGUAAACUCAGAUAUAUUUCAGUUUAACAUAUCUUACAAUUUUUGUAUAAUUUUUGACAUGUCACAAAAUAAACUUGUAAGAAAACGUACUGUAUGGAUAAUUAAAUUAUACCAAGCCAUUAGAAGCAAAUUAAUUGGUUUCAUAGCCAUUUACCCACCAAAAAUUUGCUUUAUCAAAGGUCUGUUUAUUAAAUAAAUAAAUAUUAUCCCAGCAAAUAUUUUUCGUAAAUAUUAUUAUUUUUUUUUUCAAUUUUUGUAAAAUACUGUAAAGUAUCUUUAUCUUAUCUUUAUCACUACAAAAAAAAAUAAAAAUAUUGUUAUUUUCUAUCUCUAAUAUUUCUAAUCUCAUAGACAACUCUCAAUUAGAUCAUUUGCAGUAAUAUGAAUCACUUUAGGGUCCUAUUAUGAAUAAUCGAUAUGGUUAUUUUAAAUCACCUAAUCAUAUUAUUAUCAGUUUGUUUGUAUGAAACUUGAAAUUAUCGAAAUGUAUUAACUGAUUUGAAUACAAAUCGAAAUGGGUCACAAAAGUCACUUCAGAUAUAUUAAAAUUGAUUUCCAAAAAUUUUUAUCAAUGUAGAAACAUUUCUAAUUGAGACAUAAUUUUAAAUCGUCAUAAUUAAGAAAAAUAUUAUACUAGUAAAUCUUGAUCUAUUUUGGAAAUAAUUGCUGCACUUCUUCACUUUAUAAACCUUAAGAUUAAUCUAAUUAGAACCUCUAAAUAUUCAAUUUUAAUUUCUGUCACGUCCAUUAUUUAUAAUUAUUAUAUAUUAUAUAUUUGACAGGGUAAUAUCACACUUGUAUAUUUGAUUCCCUAUAAACCGUCGUCACAGUGCCUUAAUAAUUUAUAUAACAAUGAUCAAAACAACUUAAAAUAUAAUUUCUUAUACAUGAUAAACAUGAUUCAUAUCAACAAUAUGAAUAUAUUGUUACAGUUAUAAAAUAUUUAAAUUUAUAGGAUUUAUACGAUGAAAUGUAUUAUCACAUGUACCUGCGUUGAAUUGAAUGUAUCGACAUUUUAUACUAGUAUAUGGACCUUACUCUUCAAACUUUCUACAGAUUUUUCACUACAAAGUGAUUAGUGCGAAUUGUUCAAAGAUUUACGUUUCCAUUCUCUGUGGCAUAAGCUGUAACAAAUACAUAACAAAAAAAUUUAAGUCCUUUUGAAUAACUAUUUGCACAAAUCACAUUUAGAUACUUAAAUCUUUAAAGAAUUGACAAACAAUAAACUACGAGCAUUGACUUUAAUAAUCGCAUGUGAAUUUUGUAAAUAAUUGAGAUUUAAAAAACUUUUGUAAAUUUGUGAUCAAACGAUUGUGGUAAAAGUCUUACAUCCUAUUCCUAUAGGCGCUUUGUAAAUUACCGUAACAUAGCACUAAAUCGUACGGUUUUAUCGUCACAAUAAAAUAGGAGCGUAAUACUCGUAUAUGUAUAGUCAUGAUAAAUAUUGUCUGUAUUGAUAUUAUUAAAUGUUUUGUGGUAAAGCUGUCUUGUGCAUCUAAUAAAUAAAUCUUUUAAAUUCUUGUGCGCACUCACGAUAUCGCCAUGCAGUGCACGUCCACGAUAUCGUUACGGAAAAAUGAUAUCCCACGAUUUUACCGUGACGAUAAAAUCGUACAAUAUCAUAUCGUACUACGGUAAAUUAUAAAGCGGCAAUAGAUGGCAGCCUAUAAUAUUCUUAAUCUAUGAUACCAGGUUGUCCUCUGACAGAAUAACUCGUAUGUUCAAAAGGUAUUAAUUCAAAGAAAUGGUGUUUAAUAUAUUAUUACAACCUUUUAAUACUUGUACAGAAUGCAAUUACUUAUAAGGUAGAUGAUUUGUUAUAUUUCAUAAUGUUUAAUGUAAAUAAUAAUAAUAAUAAGUGUCACACAAUUACACUGAUCACCUGGUCUUCAAGCUAGGAUAUCCUAUGUUAAGAGAGACCAGACUAUGAACAUCUGGGGGCACAACCCAAAAUACCCAGACUCACAGUUAAAUUCUGUUAACUAUGUUUUAACAUUACCAUCACUUGUAAUGAAACAUAUCAAGUAAAUAUAUUGUAGACAAAA